AUGACCAUCUCUGAAACAUCAGCUAUCCCUCACGGAUCAUGGGUCCUGGUUACUGGGGCCAAUAGCUUGGUCGGAUCAAAUGUAGCCGAUCGGCUGCUUAGUCGCGGGUAUCGUGUCAGGGGAACCGUGCGGAAUGCGCAGAGGCACCAAUGGAUCGGAGAUCUUUUCCGUGACAAGUAUGGGAAAGACAGCUUUGAGCUGGUCCAGGUCCAGGACAUACAGCGUCCGGAUGCUUUUGACGAAGCUAUGAAAGUUAGGUGCUCAACUGUACAAUUCAAUGGUGUCUCGGGAGUGGCACAUGUAGUAACCAUCUUUGCUGGUCCAAACGAUGGUCCGGAUGAGAUAUUCGAAUCCAUCAAACGGCUGGAUCACAAUAUCCUUGCCUCCGCGGCAGCCGAGCCCAGCGUCAAACGCUUUGUCUACACCUCCUCCUGCCAAGCGGCUAACACAAUGGGCUUGGAUGAUCUGGAUGGUAAGACAGUGAUCACCUCGGAGACUUGGAACGAAACUGCCAUUCAGCGAGCCAAAACGGGGUCUCCUGCCGAAUGGAGAAGAGGAUUUGACGUCUACAGCGCAAGCAAGGCCUUUGGGGAGCAAGGAAUCUGGGAAUGGGUGAGAGAGCACAAGCCCGGGUUCGUAGCAAAUACCGUUCUACCCUCAUUGUGCUAUGGUGCCCCUCUCGACCCACCAAAUCAAGGGUUUCCUUCCACUCUGUCAUGGCCAGCAGCCAUCAUCAAAAAUGACUGGGCCUCAGUUUCCGAACACGUGAAGGCCCAUCUCCCAAUUGACGCCGCACUUCUGCAUGUCGCGGCUUUGAUCAAUCCCACGGUCCAAAACGAACGCCUGUUUGCGUAUGGCUGGCCGUUUUUCUGGAACGAUUUAGCUACCAUCUAUCGGGAUAUAUUCCCGAACCGGGAACUGCCAACAGAUCUGCCUGCCCCCGAUAAGGAUGCCGAUUUUUUGGAUGUUAAGCCUUCGAAGCGGUCGGAAGAUCUACUUAAAGAGAUGUGCAAGCCGGGAUGGAGUAGCCUCAAGGAGAUUGUUGUGGCUAAUGCAUAUGGUCUGGUUUGAGGGUUACACAUUAGCAGGGGUUAUUCGUCGAUAUGAGAAGCCCCAUCCUGGUGCUCACAUUCACAUACACAUUUAGUGUGUCGUUGAGCCCAUUUGUACCCAUGGGAAACCAACUAUAUUGAAUACUUGACAGGAUUAGAUUGCUCAAAU